AUGGCAGCGGGGCCAGAGCGGCCGGUGGCAGAGGCGCAGCAGCAGGAGCGGGACCAACCGCCAAUUGAGAACGGCUUCAUGUCGCUGGAGCAGACACAGGCCCCCAGGCUGCUGCCGCACGUCGACGGCUCAGUUCUACCGUCUCUCGGGGGAUUUGGGAAACACCAAAAGCAGCUCGUGAUCCUGACGUGGAUACCGGCUUUAUUUAUCGGAUUUAGCCAGUUUUCGGAUUAUUUCCUUUUGGCCCAACCGAACAGCACGUGCGUACAGCCUCUGGUCAACGGGAGUAAUUGGACCAUGGGAUCUUUAACGUUACCGGUGACCGUCACGAAUGGUGGCAUUGGUACACCCGUGCCGUACCUCCCCCUAGACAAUGGCACAAGAGACGGUGACAGCGGUGGCAUGCAAUGUGCGUGUAAGGAGUGGAAGCUCGAACUGCAGACUGGACUCAGUCAGAACGUGGUAACCAAGUGGAACCUGGUGUGUGAUUCGGCCUGGAAGGUUCACAUCGCCAAGUUCUCUCUCUUGGUGGGAUCUAUCUUCGGCUACCUGGUGAUGGGCAUCCUAGCCGACUGGUUCGGUCGUCACCCGGUCCUGAUAGUCUCGGUGCUGUUCAUGUUGGUGUUUGGUUUGAGUGUAGCGUUCUCCUUCAACAUGACCAUGUUCAGCACAUUACGUUUCUUUGAGGGCUUCUGUCUGGCUGGCCUCACUCUCUCCCUCUACAUACUGAGGAUUGAGUUGUGCCUGCCAGGCUGGCGUUUCUCCAUGACCAUGGUGGCCAGUUUCCUCAUGGUGGGCGGGCAGCUGGUGAUGCCCGGGGUGGCGGCUCUGUGUCGUGAUUGGCCCGCCCGGGAUGAUUGGCAGGUCCUGCAGAUUAUCAUCAUCUGCCCCUUCGUCCUCAUGCUGCCCUACAUCUGGAUCUUCCCUGAGUCCCUGCGUUGGCUCCUGGCCACCCAGCACUACCGCCGCUCUAAAGCCAUGAUGCUCUGCAUCGCCAGGAAGAACCAGGUCGACAUGACAACCGAGCCCAGUGGCGUUCUAACAGAGCUGGAGCAUGAGCUGCAUAAGAAGCCAAAGAGGACCUGCAUCGUCAAGAUGACCAGCACCAGAAACCUGUGGAAGAACAUCGUCGUGCUCUGUGUCAACUCGUUGACUGGGUACGGUAUCCACCACUGUUUUGCCCGCAGUAUGAUGGACCCAGAGGCUCCUGUGUCGGCCAUGUUUCAUGCUGACUACUACACUAUGGCUGGCAUCGCCGUAGCGACGUGCCUGGCGCUGUGCCCGGCCGUGGCAUUCAUGGGUCGUCGGGGCGGACUGCUCACCUUCAUGAUCAUCACCGCCCUGGCAUCACUGCUGCAGCUGGGUCUGCUCAACUUGAUUGGCAAGUACAGCCUUCGCCAUGACACAGUUCUGAGGGACACGCUAAACAGGAAGUUCUCUGUGGCAUUCUCCAUCAUUGGAAUGUUCUCCUCUCAUGCCGUCAGCACCCUCAGCAUCUUCUUCUGCGCUGAGAUCACUCCCACCGUCAUCAGGGGUGGUGGUCUGGGCCUGGUCCUGGCCAGUGCUGGCUUCGGCAUGCUGACAGCCCCCAUCAUGGAGCUUCACAACCAGAAGGGCUACUUCCUGCAUCACAUGAUCUUCGCUGCCUGCACCCUGCUGUGCAUCAUCUGUCUGCUACUGCUGCCCGAGCCGCGCAACCAGCCCCUGCCAGAGAGCCUCGCGGAUGGGGAGAGCUACACUCGCCAGCCCCUCCUCACCCACCGGCCUGGAGAGCAGCACCUCCUUCUCACCAAGCCUGGGAAUAGGGAUUUAUACUCCCGGGUCCACGACACGCCGCGGCAUCUUACGGCCACCGGGGGCGCCACAACAGCAGCGGCUACUGCUCUUGCAACAGUGCCGACGUCGUAUGCUACCGGAGGGGAGGUGAUCAGUAAUAUUAUGGUGUCAAAUGGGGUGGGAGGGUCGUCGUAG